AUGCCUAUCAACUCCUUCGAAGGGACUGGGGAACCGGUCCAGCUCCCUUCUGCCCCUGAUGUUGACAUCGAGGAUGGAGCCUCGAACUCGUUGGACGACGCGUCAAUGUCUAUUGCCAUUAUUGGCAUGGGAUUCCGAGGGCCCGGAGAUGCCAGUAACGUUGAAAAGCUGUGGAAAAUGAUACUUGAAGGCCGGGAAGCAUGGAGCCAGAUACCCGAAUCGAGAUGGAACAGUGACGCGUUUUACCACCCAGACCAUGCGCGGCACGGCACUAUCAAUGUCCAAGGCGGCCACUUUCUGACAGAAGAUGUAUCCCUUUUCGAUGCGCCAUUUUUCAACAUGACGAGUGACGAGGCAGCGGCGAUGGAUCCCCAGCAGCGAUUAUUGCUCGAAGUGACCCAUGAAGGAUUGGAGAACGCCGGUAUACCUCUGCCCGAGAUCAUGGGAAGCCAAACAUCCUGUUUCGUAGGUUCAUUCAAUGCGGAUUACACGGAUCUCCUUCUGCGCGACCCCGAUGCUAUCCCCAUGUAUCAAUGCACCAAUGCUGGCCAGUCGCGCGCCAUGAUGGCUAAUCGAGUGUCAUACUUCUUCGACCUUAAGGGCCCCAGUGUCACAGUCGAUACCGCUUGCUCGGGGAGUUUAGUCGCACUGCAUUUGGCGUGUCAAUCUUUGCGCACUGGGGAUGCUGCGAUGGCAAUUGCGGCCGGAGUAAACGUGAUUCUUAGCCACGAAUUCAUGUCCACCAUGACCAUGAUGAAGUUUCUGUCACCGGAAGGACGCUGCUACACAUUCGACGAGAAGAGCAAUGGAUAUGCUCGUGGCGAAGGGAUUGGGUGUUUGAUUCUGAAGCCACUCAAAGUCGCCAUCAGAGAUAAAGACCCUAUCCGAGCUGUUAUCAGGGGUUCUGGGUCAAAUCAAGAUGGCAGAACUCCCGGCAUCACUCUCCCGAGUGGAGCGUCACAAGAAGCCUUGAUUCGCCAUGUUUACAACAUGGCAGGUCUUCAUCCACAUGAUACAGAAUUCGUCGAAACGCAUGGCACAGGAACUCAAGCAGGAGAUCCCAUCGAGACAGGAGCGCUCGCCAGAGUGUUUUGCGUCGGUAGAAACUCAGACAAACCACUGCGCAUCGGGUCCAUCAAAACAAACGUGGGGCAUCUGGAGGGAACAAGCGGAGUCGCAGGCGUGAUCAAGGCAGUGCUGAUGCUUGAGAACCGCAUUUUCCUCCCCAACCGCAACUUCACUUCCCUCAACUCACGCAUCCUGCUGGACGAAUGGAAGCUUAAGAUUCAACUUGAUCCGGAACCAUGGGAAAGCUCAACGCCUCACCGCGUGUCGGUAAACAGCUUCGGAUACGGGGGAAGCAACGCACAUGUUAUCCUCGAAGACACCUAUGGAUACCUACAAUCACACGGUCUACAAGCACCGGUUGGCAAACCUCGUACACCUUUCCUGAAGGAGGCUCUUGAGCCAUCGCAAAAGCCCCACAGCCGCCAUGAUGAAUCACCCAUACGGACGCGUCUCUUUAUGCUCUCCGGAUUUGAUGAUCAUUCCCUUGCAAAGCAGAUAGAAAAUAUAAGAGUAUAUCUCCGCGAAAGAGAAUCGAUAGCUGACGAUCAGUUCAUGAGCAAUCUGGCGUUCACGCUGAAUCACCGGCGUACUACCUUGAUGUGUCGAACAGCGGUUAAUGGCAGCUCAGCUUCAAGCGUGAUCAAGGCCUUAGGAGGUAGUAUCAGGGUCAGAAAGGCCACACGCAAGCCAGUGGUUGGCUUUGUUUUCACAGGCCAGGGAGCGCAAUGGUGCGGAAUGGGACGGGAGCUGGUGAAAGCAUAUCCCGUUUUUCGCCAGUCAAUGGAACGAAUUGAUGCACACUUGAUUCGACUCCAGGCUCCAUUUUCCGCCUUAGGUGAGAUUCUUGAAAAUCAAGACGCAUCACGGCUCAACCAUCCACUACAUAGUCAAACAAUCUGCACAGCGCUUCAGAUAGCACUUGUCGACCUUCUAAGCUCCUGGGGCAUAGAGCCAGAUUCCGUUACUGGUCAUUCCAGUGGCGAAAUAGCCGCAGCGUACACGAUCGGAGCGUUAACUAUGGAGGACGCUAUAUCCGUUGCAUACUAUAGGGGUGUUGCAGCAAGCAAACUUUUGCACAACGAUGAAGUUAAAGGAGGAAUGCUCGCUGUAGGAGUGUCACCCGCCCAGAUAGCACCGUUUCUGGACACAUUGAAAUCUGGGAAAGCCGUCGUGGCAUGCAUUAACAGCCCGUCCAGCAUUACAGUCUCGGGAAAUGUUGAUGCUAUUGACGAGCUUGAGAAGGUUUUAAAGGAGAAAGAAUUCUUCUGCCGACGUCUGGUAGUGGAUGUCGCAUAUCAUUCCCACCAUAUGGAGCUAGUUGGCGGAGAGUAUCUGGACCUUAUAUCGAACAUCCGACCACAGACGGGAAGCAAAUCCGGAAAGCAUCCUGUCUCCUUUUUCUCUUCGGUGACAGGAGCUGGAGUUGAAGCCUCCGAUCUUGGCUCUCAAUAUUGGACUAGGAAUCUUCUCGGGCAAGUCAGAUUCGUUGACUCCGUCAGGGCGCUUUGUUUUGAAACCGGUACUCAGAAAUCGAUGUUUGCGGCCCUUAAUAACAGACGGGUCAGGCGGCCAAACGGGGCACGCAAGGUCAACGUGGAUAUCUUGCUGGAGAUUGGCCCUCACGGAGCAUUGUCGGGCCCGAUACGUCAAAUUUUGAAAGAGGAUAACAAACUGAAUUCAGCCGGGUUACAGUAUGCGAGUGUUUUGACUCGUAAAGCCGAUUCUGUCACCACAGCAUUAGAGAUUGCUGGAACCCUGGCCAGCCUGGGUUCUCAGGUCAACUUUUCCGCAAUCAACGACCCGUUAGUUGAGACGCUAGAUACGCAAGUUAUAGUUGAUCUCCCUCCCUAUGCAUGGAACCACAGCAGACCAUACUGGGCUGAGUCACGCAUCAGCACAACAUUCAGAAAGCGCAAGCACCCGCGAAUAGAUCCUCUUGGUGCUCUCGACAGACUGUCAUGUCCUUUCGAGCCUCGCUGGAGAAACUUUAUGCGUGUAUCGGAAAUCCCAUGGCUGAAGGACCAUAAAAUACAGUCAAACAUAGUUUAUCCUGCAGCGGGGUACAUUGUAAUGGCCAUUGAAGCUGCAUCUCAACACCUGCUGGAUCAAUACGGCAACAAGGACAUGUCAGCCUUUAUUCUCCGUGAUAUUGAAAUAAAAGCCGCCUUGGUCCUCCAGGAGAACUCUGCAGCUGAAGUCAUGACCUCGCUACGAGCAUGGCAAGGUAGCACCAAAGCCUCCGAGCGUCUCUACGAAUUCAAUGUCUAUUCAGUGACCGCUGAGAAUCGAUGGACGGAGCAUUGUCGUGGCCUAGUGGGCGCUUCUGACUUGUCCCUGGACACCGAGUACGAGACCAGUUCCCAGGUGCCGAAACAAGCCUCCGACCUCAGUGUCAUAGACACCUCGACGUUCUACGAGAAGCUAGCUAGCAUUGGCCUCGAAUAUGGUCCUUGCUUUGCGAACCUGACGCACGCUAACCAGACUGGCAACCUGUGCUUUGCUGAAGUCACUAUCCCUGACACAGCAGCUGUCAUGCCAAUGAACUUCCAGUAUCCACACUUGAUUCACCCCUGCACGCUAGACAGCAUAUUUCAUACUGUGUUUGUUCAAACAAAUGUUGGAGACGAUCCUGCCAUUCCUGUUCAUAUAGAUCAGCUUUCCGUGUCUCGGAGUGCAGAGCAUUCACCGGGUACCAGAAUGCAUAUUGAGACACAUAUUGAAAAGCGGACGAGAAAGAGUAUUGUUGCCUCAAUAACGGUGAUAAACAGCAAUGAUACUAUCGCUAUGUCGAUUAAAGGAUUGCGAUGCAAGCACCUCAAGAACAGCGACCCGAAGGAUAUGGUAAACCCUACCGAGCGCCUUGGGUACAUGCUUACGUGGAAAGCAGAUUCCGAUCUACUUUCAAAGCAAGAUUUCAGUACUGUUUUCACUGAGGACAAUCACCACACCCAAGAAUCCGCCAAAAGACAAUUGUUGGAAGGCUGUGCGUUCUCCUACAUUCGGAAAGCCAUCCAAGAUCUAGAACCCGCGAACAAGGAAGGAUUGCAUCCACGCAGAAGAGAGCAACUUGACUUUUUCGUCGAUCGGACGCAAAAUAGUCGUUUGGUGGCAUCAUCAGUCACAAACAAUGCUGAUAUCCAGGCACUAAGUGCUUCCGGACCGGAAGGAAGACUCCUCACUGCAGUCGGCGAACAGCUCAGUACAAUCUUGAAAGAUUCGAAAUUUUCGAACAUCGAUAUGGAUCUUUCAAUUUGGGAGCAAUACUGGGACACUAUCCGUCUAAGCCCGGUGUACGAAAAACUAGCUAGCUAUCUGGAGCUAGUAGGCCAUAAGAAUCCAAUGAUCUCGAUACUUGAGGUGGAGGGUACAUUUGGACAAGCUUCACAAGAUCACCUUGAACGGCUCUUGGGUAAUAAUGGACAUGGUCCGUUAUGCAGGGAAUACACAAUCACUCAUGAAGGCCAAUCGAUCCCUGAACACUUUUCCCCAGUGGUUUCGAAAUGGAAACCACUUCUAAAGGUGAAGGAAUUGAAUCUCAAUCAGAGUCCAGAGGCACAGGGCUUUUCCAAAUAUCAAUACGACGUCGUUUUGGCGCCUUUGGGGCUUUGUACGGUCCCAGCGAAGUUGCAAGCUCUCAGGAAUAUUCACGCCCUUCUGAAGCCACAAGGUCAUUUGAUUGUCGUGGAUCCCAUUGCUAGACAUGACAAUCUAACCGAAUCUGUUAUCUUUGCGAAUUCUUUGGGAUGCUGGCCCGAAGGUCGAUUUGGGUAUACUCUCGAAGGCUGGAAUCUCGUGCUCUCAGCAGCUGGAUUUUCCGAAGCGGAAGAUGCAAGCAUACCUCGAGAAGGGCGCUUCAUGAUGAUCACUCGUCCGUUGCAUGGGCAGUCAAUACCGAAACAAAGUAUUCUAAUCAUAUCAGAAGAUGAUGACAAUGGUAUAGACUUGUCUGCUCUGCAAGACUCUCUCAGCCCCAUGUCGUCCGAUAUCGAAAUUGCAGAUUUCACCCAUGCCAAGCCAAAAGGAAGGGUUUGCAUCAUUCUCAGCGCUCUUAGUCGCCACUUGAUGGCAGACCCUACUCCAGAUGAGUUGGAAGUAUCGAAGCAAAUCUUCUUGAAGGCAUCUGGCGUCCUGUGGGUAACUCGAGGGGCGACGAUAUCCCCGGUGACCCCGGACGGUGCACUAGCGACUGGGUUUGUACGAACUUCACGCUCUGAAUCCGGGAUUGAAAGAAUCGUGACAUUGGACCUGGACGGACGGAAGCCGCUUUCAAGUCAUCACGCUGCUGAGAUUAUUUGUAAAGUGGUGCGCGAGCGAAUUCUGACCGACGGAAACGGUCAAAGUGAUACAGAGUAUGCUGAGCGAAACGGCGUGCUCCUUAUCCCUCGAGUUGCCGAAAACCAGGCCUUUAACAGGUGCCUUGCGGCCUCGCAGGAGACACAAACAACAAAUCUCGAGAAGUUCCACCAGGAGGGUAAAUUUCUCAAGGCAUCAAUUUCCGAUGCCUCCCAGGAAGGUGAAGUGCUGUUUGUGGACCAUUCCAAGGGAAAUGACAUACCUGAAGACCAUAUCCGUGUUCAGAUUUAUGCCGUAUGCAUAGAUAAACAGGCCGCAAACGCUCUGGAAGAACAGGAUACAUCACAAGAAUUAGCAAUGGGCUUUGGGGCUAGCGGAAUUGUUCAUAGCGUCGGAGGAGCUGUUCUUGACUUUGCCCCAGGUGACCGAGUGGCAUGCCUUGCGCAGGGAGCAGUAGCCAACUACCAGCAAGAGCAGGCCUUGGCAUUCCAAAGGUUGCCCGAAGGUCUAUCUUUUGAAGCAGCAGCGGCCUUGCCCGCGGCUUAUUGCACAGCACUAUAUGCUCUUCAGAACAUUGGGCGGGUUGUCUCCACUAACAGGGUUCUAGUGUACGGAGCCACAGCAACAGUAGGGCAGGCUUUCGCAGAAUUAUGCCUCAAUAUUCAUGCCUAUGCAUUAUUUGUCGUCCGAGCUGAGAAAGAUAAGCAUUCUCUCUGCAGUACAAUUGCUGUGCCUGGUGACCGGAUUAUCGUCAACGAGAAUGGAGCUCAUCUUAGAAGGCUUCUGAGGAAGGAGUAUCAGCCUUUUGAUUUGGUGGUCAAUUUCGAAAGUCGGGACAACGAGACGCUGCAGAUGCUGUGCAGGUUGGUCGGUACAGGUGGCAAGUUCAUACACCUUUACCGCGACAAUCGCUGGAAUCAGCGUACAUUGGCAAUCCCCAAGCUGGAGAACGACAUCGUCUUUGCAACACUGGACAUCCAGAAGCUUUUGAGAGCCAGGCCAACGUUGCUGUAUAAGAUAUGGGGCGAUGUAAUGCGCAUGUACCGAGCAGGACAUAUCCGUGGCUCCAAUGUCUUGGAAACGUAUAGUAUAUCAGAUAUGCGAGACGCAUUGAACGUAUUGGAAUUGGGCGAGCUGGAUUCCUUAGUGCUCGCAGCUAAACCAGAGGACCUGGUGAAGGUCAUGACACCGAAGCCACAAGCUGCCCUACUUCGUGCAGAUGCAUCUUAUAUACUUGUUGGCGGUCUAGGAGGUCUUGGACGAGCCACAGCCCUCUGGAUGGCUGAUAACGGGGCUCGAACCUUGAUCUUUGUCAAUAGAAGUGGGCUGUCGAGCCAGGCAGCCCAGGAAACAGCACGAGAUUUGAAGCAAAAGGGAGUUCGCGUCAUCAUUCAUGCUUGCGAUAUAUCUGAUAGCAAGAAAGUCAAGAAGAUGGUGAUCGAGCUUGAACGGAACGCCCCUCCAAUUCGAGGGGUUAUUCAGGCUGCCAUGGUCCUCCGGGAUACCCAUAUCGAGAAAAUGACCAUCGAUGAUUAUCUCUCCGUGUUGCGGCCAAAAUACUUCGGAACCUGGAACCUGCACCGCCAUCUCCCAGCCGACCUCGACUUCUUCGUCAUGCUCUCUUCUAUAAGCGGAAUCAUCGGAAACGCCACCCAGGCCGCGUACGCCGCCGGUUCCACCUUCCUCGACACAUUCGCCAUGUAUCGUAACUCCCUCAGUCUCCCGGCCGUCUCACUAGACCUAGGUGUGAUAACCGACGUAGGGUACCUGGCCGGAAACCGCGCUCUAGAGGCCAAGAUGGCCCAUCAAGGUUUCCACAGCACAGACACAGCGACCCUGAUGUCUUUGAUCGCUGCCUCAAUUAGAGCGCCGUUCGGUGAGGGAGGCACUUCCCAGAUCAUCACUGGAUUGGGUGAGUGGAGAGAGGGGCAGUCGCUCGGCAACUUUGACGCUCCCCUCUUCGCACAUUUCCGGCGACAGUUUCAACAGAAGAGUGAAGAGGACCAAUCGGAUGAGUGUAUUGGCAAGUUACACGAGAACCUCCGGGCGGUCAAUAACCUUGAAGAAGCCUCCGGGGUCAUCUACAGUGCUCUGAGUGGGAAGAUUGCGGCGCAUCUGUCUGUUCCAAUCGAGAGCAUCGAUGCCUCGCAUCCCAUUACGGAGUACGGAAUCGACUCACACAUGGCAGUGGAGCUGAGGAACUGGAUCGCGAAGACGAUGGAGAGCACAGUGCCGAUCUUGGAUAUUCUGGCGAGCAGUACGUUAUUGGAUCUAGCGGGAAAGAUUGCAUCCAAGUCUAGAGUGGUUCAUGUGGAAGAAUAG